GUCAUACUAGGUUCUCCUUUUUCUGUUCAUCAUCACAAUGACUUAAUUAGAGUGUUUUUAAAACAUUACUCGAUCUGCAUCUAUGGAUCAAACGAGAUGGGGAUGUCGAUACCUGUUACUGGCGUGUGAUUGUCUUAUUGCCUUCGGAUGUUUCUACUGUGUGGACAUCCCCAGUGCUCUACAAACAGAACUACAAAGCUCUCAUCAUGAAAACUGUAGUGAUGUUCCAAAGAAUGUGACUUGUUGUGAGGAAUGUCUGGGCAUAGGACCGGAUCAUUACAAUCAACUUUAUGCUGUUUUCUCGUGGACAAACGCCAUCAUCGUUUUACCUAUAGGGGUAAUACUGGAUCGCAUAGGAAACAGGAUGACAGCGAUUCUUUCCACAUCAAUGGCCGCCAUUGGUUCGUCUUUAUUUGCGCUGUCUGUUAUGCCUGGGUUUAAGUUGACAUCAGCCAUGUUUCCAAUGAUGCUUGCAAGUAGAGCAAUUCUAGGAGCUGCUAAUGGUGGAUGUCAACUUGUUCAAGAUCGAGUUAUUGCCUAUUGGUUUCCGGACAAACUUGGUUUAGCUUUUGGAGCUAUUGUGAGCGUCAUAAGAUGUGGCAACGUGUUGAAUUUCUUUAUCACAUCCAAUAUUGCAAAGGUCUACGGCGUUCCGAUGGCGCUUUGGACAGGUGCUCUUAUGUGCGGUGUUGGGUUUAUGGCAGCAGUGGGAUACUGUAUUUUAGACGCCAUUGGAAGUGGAAAACUGGACAAAACUCACGUGUUUAACAUCAAAUCUCAACCAGUAAAAUUCAGCGAUAUUAGAAACUUCCCUUUGUCUUAUUGGCUUGUCGCAGUAAUGAUCUCUACAUAUUAUAGCUGUUUUAUUCCUUACGUGGCAAAUGGGAGUAAAUUCAUUCAGGACAAGUAUGGUUAUUCCCGUGUGGAGUCGUCCUAUAUCAAUGGAGCUGUUUAUGACGUAUCCAUUAUUGUCUGUCUAACCACGGGCUUAAUUCUCGACAGAUUUGGAGGAAGAGCAAUCUCAUCAACUCUUGGGGCGGCACUCUGUGUUCCUGUUAUAAUUUUCCUUGCAUUCUUUGAUUUCCCUCCCCUAGUACUUACCAUUUGUUUUGGAACUUUUUAUUCCGUCACAGUUGUGAGUCUGUGGCCAUCUAUUGCUAAAGUUGUCCCGCUUGCAACUGUUGGAACUGCAAAUGGCAUUGCCGCCUUUCUGCAGGGGUUAAAUAUUGGCAUGACUAACCUAGGAGUCGGUAAAAUUCUGGGUUCUGUUGAGAAAUCUGAUGUGAACAAAAGACUCACCGAUUGGAAAAUUGCACUCACAAUUCUAUUAUGUCAAGCCUCUAUUUGCACUGUACUAGGAAUUUGGCUCAACGUCAAUGAAAAAUUAAAGAAGGGAUCCUUGAAUGGGCGAUACAAGAAGAUGUCGGCCUUCACGUCUCCCUCAGAGAAGUCUAAACUGAUAGUGGACAAGGAGGACUUCUAUGAUUCCAUUGACUCUGGUUAUUCAAUACAGGCCUAAUCAUUGAGCCUUAAUUACAUUUUUUUUAAAAAG